GCAGGGGGCAGGGCAUGUAUGUGAGGGAAACAGGCGUGUGAAUGCCGGGGCAUGAGCGUUGGGGCACGGUGCACAUGGGUUAGGGGCUUUAAGGUUGGGUGGGGGAAGGAGCCCCAGGAAACAGUGUGCCUUUGUGAGGGUGUGUGUGUGUGUGUGUGUGUGUGUGUGUGUACCGAUGAGUCUGUGUGCAGUGGGUGUGGGUGUUUGUCUCCCUGUAUCCGCCUUCUCUCCCAUUCUGGACUUUUAGCCUUCCUGGGCUCGUUUUCCUCAUGUCCUACCUCCUCCCUCUUGGGGCUCAAAUUAGGUGCCCUAGUGGAGGGGGGGGGCACGCUCCAGGACCUAGUCCAACCCCAGACGCUGCCUGAGGCUUCCCUCCAGCUCCCCCUCCCUUCCUUUUCUCUCUCUCCUCCCUCCCUCUCUUUGCUCUCCUCCUUCCACCCCCCCCCCAGGCUGGCGUGCCAGGGGGUGGGACAUGCCAAUCACUGGCUGUGCCUCUCCCGGCUGCCAGCACAGGGCGCAGCUCCCCCCCCCACCGGAGCCAGGUGUUUGGGUCCCUGGAGACGCCGCCGGCCCCCCGGGAAGGCAGUGGGGCUGAGGAUCCUACAGACCCUUCUCCAGACCCAUGGGAACCCUGAAUCCCACCACCCCAUCCAUUUCCAGUCCCCCCAAGAUGGACUGAAUCAGGUUGCUGGCCAGAUGGACAAGCUGGAUGCCAAGGUGAUGACCUCCCCCUGAAGAAGCCCUGUAGUCUGACUAGAAGAAGGGGCUGCCCCCCGCCCGGCCCCAAGCCCCACCGGGCCACCAUGAAUACCUCGGCCCCACCCGCUGUCAGCCCCAACAUCACCGUUCUGGCACCGGGAAAGGGUCCCUGGCAAGUGGCCUUCAUCGGGAUCACCACAGGCCUCCUGUCCCUGGCCACAGUGACAGGCAACCUGCUGGUUCUCAUCUCCUUCAAGGUCAACACUGAGCUCAAGACAGUCAACAACUACUUCCUGCUCAGCCUAGCGUGCGCUGACCUCAUCAUCGGUACCUUCUCCAUGAACCUCUAUACCACGUACCUGCUCAUGGGCCACUGGGCGCUGGGCACACUGGCCUGCGACCUCUGGCUGGCCCUGGACUACGUGGCUAGCAAUGCCUCCGUCAUGAACCUGCUGCUCAUCAGUUUUGACCGCUACUUCUCCGUGACCCGGCCCCUGAGCUACAGAGCCAAGCGCACACCCCGCCGGGCAGCCCUGAUGAUCGGCCUGGCCUGGCUGGUCUCCUUCAUCCUCUGGGCCCCGGCCAUCCUCUUUUGGCAGUACCUGGUAGGGGAGCGGACAGUGCUGGCCGGGCAGUGCUACAUCCAGUUCCUCUCCCAACCCAUCAUCACCUUUGGCACAGCCAUGGCUGCCUUCUACCUCCCAGUCACGGUCAUGUGCACACUCUACUGGCGCAUCUACCGGGAGACGGAGAAUCGGGCCCGGGAGCUUGCGGCCCUGCAGGGCUCCGAGACUCCCGGCAAGGGGGGCGGCAGCAGCAGCAGCUCAGAGCGGUCCCAGCGGGGGACUGAGGGCUCCCCAGAGACCCCCCCGGGCCGCUGCUGCCGCUGCUGCCGCACACCCCGGCUGCUGCAGGCCUACAGCUGGAAGGAAGAAGAAGAAGAGGACGAAGGCUCCAUGGAGUCCCUCACCUCGUCGGAGGGCGAGGAGCCCGGCUCCGAGGUGGUGAUCAAGAUGCCCAUGGUGGAUCCCGAGGCGCCGGCCCCCACCAAGCAGCCCCCCCGGAGCUCUCCCAAUACAGUCAAGAGGCCCACGCGGAAAGGGCGCGAGCGAGCAGGCAAGGGCCAGAAGGCCCGAGGGAAGGAGCAGCUGGCCAAGCGGAAGACCUUCUCGCUGGUCAAGGAAAAGAAGGCGGCUCGGACCCUGAGUGCCAUUCUGCUGGCCUUCAUCCUCACCUGGACGCCAUACAACAUUAUGGUGCUGGUGUCCACCUUCUGCAAGAACUGUGUUCCCGAGACCCUGUGGGAGCUGGGCUACUGGCUGUGCUACGUCAACAGCACCAUCAACCCCAUGUGCUACGCGCUCUGCAACAAAGCCUUCCGGGACACCUUCCGCCUGCUGCUGCUCUGCCGCUGGGACAAGCGUCGCUGGCGCAAGAUCCCCAAGCGCCCUGGCUCUGUGCACCGCACCCCCUCCCGCCAAUGCUGAUGACCCCUCACCUGCAUCCCACCACCCCAGUCCCUGGGAGAGCAGGGUAGGAAGUGGGCAGGGGCUGUGACCUCAGACCCAGGGCCCUGCUCUGUCCUCACCAGGCCUGGGGGGUUGGGGGGAGCGUCCCCUAGGUCACCUUCCUGGACAGCCUAGAGAGACCCUGCCAACUUACCAAACCUUGCUAUUCCCAGGUGGAAUGAACCCGAACCCGGGGAACUGGUUUUUCUGUUCCUGCUGGGUGGGAACGGGCUCUUCACCAGGAAAAAGGCUAGGGGAGGAGGAUCCAAGCUUGGAACCCUCUGUUUGCCUUCAGGCAGGAAAUCUGUCGGGAGCCACCAGGGCCGGCCAGGAGAAAGAAGGUUAACAUUUCAGUCAUCCCUGGCCGAGGGGCUGGCCCAGAUUGAGGUGGGAGAUGGUCCCCCCUGGGACAGCAGCUGGGAACUGACACCAACCACGGAGAGGAAAGCUUGGCUCAAAGGGCGCACCCCAGGCUGGGUAUCCUCCCCCCAUGCUGCCAGGCCUAGGCACACUCUCCGGGAUGCUCCAGCCUCCUUACAAAUGUCCCAAGAGUGUCCCCAAGGCAAAUAUCCAAGCAUCAGGACGAUGCCACCAGAAGAGACCAGCUUGGCUAGUCACAAACCAAGUCCAGAGGCAGCAGCUGGACCAGGCGCCAGGUGUUCUGACUGUCCCACUAUGUAGUUUUCCUGGGAAUGAGGGGCAGGGGUGCCUGCUGUCCAGCCCCACACCUAUACCCUCUGCCCCAGAGAAAGCCUCAGUCCCUCCCUCCCUGGCUCACAGCCACCACCUGGGUGGAUCUGCUCCACACAGGUCUAGCCAGGCCUCCCGCAUGCUGCCUGCCUCCAGCCUGCCCCACACAGGCCUGGCCCAGCCAACGGGUCCUCUCCUGUGAGCUCCCAGUCCGACCCAUGCAUGGCCUCCCAGGCACCCUCAUCUCCAAGCCUAGCCUGGCCCCAAAUGUUCUUUCCUUCUAUCCUCAGCAAGUGCUGAGUCUGUGAAUAAAGCCACAUAACUAGCGGGGG